UCACUUCACAUAUACCCUCAUACACAAAGUUUUAAUUACAGCAUAUUUUUUUUCAUUUUCUUCGAUCCCUUCACUUUGCAAUUUCAUGUCUAGGCUCAUGGAACCACUUGUUGUGGGAAGAGUGAUAGGAGAAGUGGUCGACAUUUUCAGCCCAAGUGUAAAAAUGAAUGUGACAUAUUCCACCAAGCAAGUUGCCAAUGGUCAUGAGUUAAUGCCUUCUACUAUUAUGGCCAAGCCACGCGUUGAGAUUGGUGGUGAUGACAUGAGGACUGCUUAUACCUUGAUCAUGACUGACCCAGAUGCUCCAAGUCCUAGUGACCCAUGUCUAAGGGAACAUCUCCACUGGAUGGUUACAGAUAUCCCUGGCACCACAGAUGUCUCUUUUGGAAAAGAGAUUGUGGGCUAUGAGAGUCCAAAGCCAGUAAUAGGAAUCCACAGGUAUGUGUUCAUCUUGUUCAAGCAGAGAGGAAGACAAACAGUGAGGCCUCCAUCUUCAAGAGACCACUUCAACACAAGGAGGUUCUCAGAAGAGAAUGGCCUUGGCCUACCAGUUGCUGCAGUUUACUUCAAUGCUCAAAGAGAGACUGCUGCAAGAAGGAGGUGAUUCCUGAAGAAGAUGAAGAAGAAAAGGUUGCAGCAGUAAAUAAAAUUAACUUCAUUUUAACCUUAAUUGUCUCAUAAUGAGAUUUGUUUCCUUUGGUUUUCUUAGGGUUUGGCAUGGUUGAACAAUAAGGAUAAGUGUGUUUGAUUAAAUCUCUUCCUCUCUUGAGUUUUUCCUUUGGAGUUCACAAGGGAAAUUGUGAGGUAGAUGGUGUUCAAAAGGUAGUAGAUAUUCUUGAUGUACUUUGUACUUCUAGCUAUUAUAGGUUAUGGGAAGUUGGGGACCAAACUAGUGUUAUGAUCCUCUAAGGAUCUAUAUAUGAUUUGUGAUAGGAAUUAAGAACAUAGCUUUACCAGAGCUGUGUGGCUUUCUAGUAGAGUGUAAUGAUAUGUGUGAUGAUAUAAUUAAUGAGAAAGAGGACAUGUGUUAUAUGCAAAGCUGUUA